CCUGGUUCGCCAACGGCCUGUCGCGAACCUCCCUGCCGCGAGGUGCGCGGCCGCGCCUGGGCUGAAGUGGUUCCGGGUCGGGAAAAGCCGCCAACAUGGAGCGCUGGGGGCCCGCGGGGCCUCCGGGAAGCCGGUGAAGGGAGGCAAGGGGCAGCAGCCCGGGCGGGGGAGAGGCCCUGCUGCUCGUCUGGUUCUGAGGCCGCGAGAGGGGCGCGCGCGUGCGCACAGCCGGAGCCCCGCGGAAUCCGCGGCAGCGUCUGAGGCCGCAGCAGGAAGCUGCUGCUGCUGCCCACCGAGGUCUCCCUCGCAGCGGGGCCGCGGCUGGCGCUCGAGCCCUGCGGCGGGGAAGCCUCGCCUUCCCCUCGGCGCCCCUUUCCUCAGCCCCAGGGCAGGCAGGCAGCAGCCAUGUCUCUGGGCGAGUAUGAGCGGCACUGCGACUCCAUCAACUCCGACUUCGACAACGAGUCUUCCGGCAGGAGCGGCUCCCGGCCUGGCCCUGUCUUAGGCGGCGAGCAAGAGGAGCUGCAUUAUGCCCCCAUCCGUGUCCUGGGCCGGGGCGCCUUCGGAGAGGCCACCUUGUACCGCCGGACGGAGGAUGACUCACUUGUAGUGUGGAAGGAAGUGGAUCUUACAAGACUGUCAGAAAAAGAACGCCGUGAUGCUUUGAAUGAGAUUGUUAUCCUUGCACUUUUGCAACAUGACAACAUCAUUGCCUAUUACAAUCACUUCAUGGAUAACACUACACUUCUAAUUGAACUGGAAUACUGUAAUGGGGGAAAUCUCUAUGAUAAGAUCCUGCGGCAGAAAGACAAGUUGUUUGAGGAAGAGAUGGUAGUGUGGUACCUAUUUCAGAUUGCAUCAGCAGUGAGCUGCAUCCACAGGGAAGGAAUCCUUCACAGAGAUAUAAAGACACUGAAUAUCUUCCUCACUAAAGCAAAUCUUAUAAAACUGGGUGACUAUGGUUUGGCGAAAAAGCUGAACUCUGAAUAUUCGAUGGCUGAAACAUUGGUAGGAACCCCGUACUACAUGUCUCCAGAGCUCUGCCAGGGAGUAAAAUACAACUUCAAAUCUGAUAUCUGGGCAGUUGGUUGUGUUGCCUUUGAGCUCCUCACACUGAAAAGAACUUUUGAUGCAACAAAUCCCUUGAACCUCUGUGUGAAGAUUGUGCAAGGGAACAGAGCAAUGGAGGUAGAUUCCAGUGUUUAUUCUCUGGACCUAAUCCACAUGGUCCACUCCUGCCUUGAUCAGGAUCCUGAGAAGAGACCGACUGCUGAUGAGCUGCUUGAGAGUCCCAUUAUCAGCAAGCACAGGAGGGAGAUGGAAGAGAAAGUUGCGCUGCUUAAUGGCCCAAACAAACGACCAAGAACAAGCACCAUGAACGAGGCUCCUAUUGCUGUGGUGACAUCACGCACAAGUGAAGUAUAUGUCUGGGGGGGUGGGAAGUCAUCCCCUCAGAAGCUGGAUGCCAUUAAAAGUGGCUGCAGUGCGCGGCAGGUCUGUGCAGGAAACACCCAUUUUGCAGUGGUUACAGUGGAAAAGGAGCUCUAUACUUGGGUGAACAUGCAAGGGGGCACCAAAUUGCAUGGCCAACUGGGACAUGGAGACAAAGCCUCCUAUCGGCAGCCUAAGCAUGUGGAAAAACUGCAGGGCAAAGCCAUUCGCCAAGUGUCUUGUGGAGAUGACUUUACUAUCUGCAUCACAGAUGAGGGUCAAGCCUUUGCCUUCGGCUCAGACUACUAUGGCUGUAUAGGUGUUUCCAAGGCAUUUGGUUCUGAGGUUUUGGAGCCCAGGCAGCUGACUGUGUUCCUCAGCAACCCGGUGGAGCAGGUUUCCUGUGGAGAUAACCAUGUGGCUGUGCUGACCCGAAACCGAGAGGUCUACACAUGGGGCUGUGGAGAAUAUGGUCGCUUAGGUUUGGAUUCAGAAGAGGAUCACAGCCUCCCCCAGAAGGUAGAAAUUCAGAAGACUUCCAAUAUUGUUUCAGUCCAGUGUGGCAGUGAUGGAACCUUCCUACUCACACAAGCAGGCAAGGUUUUGGCUUGCGGUCUGAAUGAGUUCAACAAACUGGGCCUGAACCAAUGCACUUCAGGGAUCAUUAACCACGAUGCUUACCAAGAAAUUCCAUACACCACCUGCUUCACUUUGGCCAAGAAACUCUCCUUCUACAAGGUUCGCACCAUUGCCCCAGGAAAGACACACACAGCUGCCAUAGAUGAACGGGGUCGUUUGCUUACCUUUGGCUCCAACAAGUGUGGGCAGCUGGGUGUUGGAGACUAUAAGAAACGUCUGGGUAUUAAUCUGCUAGGCGGACCUCUUGGGGGGAAGCAGGUCAUCAGGGUUUCCUGUGGUGAUGAAUUCACUAUAGCUGCUACUGAUGAUAACCAUAUCUUUGCCUGGGGUAAUGGUGGAAAUGGCCGUUUAGCAAUGACACCAACAGAAAGGGCUCAUAGUUCUGAUAUUUGUACAUCAUGGCCUCGGCCCAUUUUUGGUUCCCUGCAUCACGUCCCAGAUUUAUCUUGCCGUGGCUGGCACACCAUCAUAAUUGUUGAAAAAGUUAUAAAUUCUAAAACCAUUCUCCGCUCCAGUAGCAGUGGCCUCUCAAUUGGGACUGUGGCCCAAAGCUCUACAGCUGAAGGAGGAGAAGAGGAGGAAAGUGAGCGGGACUCUGAGACCCCUGAUCCCAGCAGAGGUUUCCGAGGAACCAUGGAAGCAGACCAUGGGAUGGGGGAUCAGAUUAGUGCAACAGAAGCAGUUGCAGAUAUCAGUGGUGCUAGUAGCUCCUGCCCUAGCUGGUUACGCAAGGAGCUGGAGAAUGCAGAGUUCAUCCCCAUGCCUGAAAACCCCUCUCUUGUGAGCCUAGCCUCUUCAGAAUCUGACAAAGAAACUCUUCCUUACAAUGAGCUGAAGGGACUGCACUUGGCUUCACCCACACAUGUUGAUAACACGCCUGAAGCAGGAUCUUGGCGGCAACCCUUGGAUUCAGCAGAGCCCUGUAGUGGGCAGAAUACAUUUGGGGUACCAACUGCAUGCAAAUGCAGUUUGCUGCAGACUGAAGUGGAACGUCUGCAUGGCUUAAUAUCAAAGUGUUUGGCUGACCAGCAGAUGCUGCAGCAACAAACCAACCGUCUCAGUGCCCAGCUCCAGAGUCUCUCCAGGAGGACAGAAGGGUCACAGCAGCUUGAGGCUCAUUCCAAAGCCACACAAACAUCCAAGGAAGAGAAGGAAGCAGAUCCAAAGCCUGACUUGGAUUCUGACUCCUGGUGUCUCCUGGGAACUGACUCAUGCCGCUUCAGCCUGUAGUCUUUUAAGUCCACUGGAAUCUAUCCAAUUUCACAGCACACUAACUUGAAUGAAGAGAGCAGGUUUCCUGGCUUCAGGUCCUUUGUGAACAAGAAGGCCAGGGUCUCCACAGCAUCCAUGUAUGCAAGAGGGGAAGCUCCUCCCUAAGCUAGGAGGACAUUUAGAGAAAGGCAGAGCCCCAAGUUCAAGCCAGGGUCUGUUCAGACAUCAGCAGCCUGCCCUCUCUAUAAAUACAUUAUCUCAGUCUGCCCUUGAGGUCAGGUAGCCACACCGCAGGAAUGGCUCCAAUAGCAUGUCCUUAAUCCCCCCCUCUUCAACUUCGCAAAGGCAGGAUUGAGCCCUGACACAUCAUCUUCUGGCGACUGAAAAAGGAAAGAAAAUGAAUAUCAACAAUUACAGUCAAACUGUCAUGCUCCAAGUUGCUUUCAACCUAAAGUCAAAGGGCAGGACAUCAGCUUUGUAGGAGGGGAAGCAUUGGAAAAAUACUACUCUGAAGGUGGAAACACAGAAAAUCUGUCUUUCACUGCAGUUGUAUUUCUGGUUAUAUUUCCUCCAAUUUGUACAGGUGUUUUUAACUUUUAACUGAAGGGAUGUUUGGGAGAGGAUCUCUUGUUACCCUUUUCUUAGCACUUCUAGGUACGGUUCUGAUACAAUUUUUUUUUAAUGGCUGUAUUUUCCAGUUAUCCAAGGAGUUUGUAGUUCUAGAGUUCACAACAAUUAUUUUUCAAGCCAAGCAAGGACUACGUGAAAUUGAAAUUGGACACACAACUUAUUUGCUUCUUCUUUUCAUCUUAGUUUGAGUACUGGAGUGAGUUGUUGAAAGCCUCUUGGCUUUGUGCCCCUUCUGCAAAUCAGUAUUUUCAUUUCCUAUCUAAUGCUUGAUGAAGCUGAAAGGAAGCAGUGUCAGCUUUAAAAAUUGAUCCAAAUAAAUUACUUAGAACCAUAGAAUUGUACAGUUGGAUGGACCAUGAGAGUCAUCUUGUUCAACCCAUGAGAUUAAGUCUCAUGCUCUACCAACUGAGCUAUCUUGGCUUGUAAUAGACUAGCAUACACCAAUUCAAAGCUUUCUAGUUUAAUCAGUUCUAAACUGUAUAUAAAGGAACUCUGAAGAUAGGGUUUCUGCUUUUCACCUUAAAAAUGAAAUUGAUACUUUCGCUAAAUGUUGUAUUUGGCAUAAUUAUGGUUCCUGGGAGCCACUUCUGCAUACUCCCUACCCUGGAGUGGAAUUCCCAUUGUUCCUUAUUUAAGAAAAUAAUUCUGUACCCUAAUCUUAACUUUUGUGAACAGUUACUGUAUCUAUUUUGUGUCCCUUAUCUUUUAUUUGCUAAUCAUAGAUGGAGUUUACAAUCUCCCAUUCACUUGUCUCUAAUAUCCCCUUAUGCACUUUUCUCUUCUAAAACUAUUAUCAGACUGAUAAACAUUUUCUGGCUGGAAACAGGUGCUAGAGUAUCCUACCCUAAUAGUUCCAUUGUUGAGGAAGUACCUGGUUCUUCUCCAAAUACUGUCUUGGAACUGAAUUAGAUACCAUUCUUUUCUUCUGUUCAGCCCCAAGGAUAGUGUUGGUGUGCCUUUCCUUACUGUCAGUGGAGGAAGGAAAAGAGCUUGAAUAUAAAAUACCAAAUGAACAGUAGGUUAUUGUGUUAUUUGAUUGAUAAUCUUGUCUCCAAAAGUAUUGGAGCAGUUUUAUUAUUUUUAUAUGAGAAUGCUGUUGUGACUGUAGAGACUGUCCUGUUAUAAAGUAGGAACUGAGAGAGAGUGAACUAGCACUCUUGGAUAUUGUCCAGCAAGGAAUUGCUGAGCAAAUGGGAGUUGCUCCGUGUUACACGUUUGGCAAGUGAAAUGCACAGACAAUUUCCCCCUUGGAUCUCGUGGAGUAAUGGAUACUAUGAGGAUGAUCUGUGCUCCACAGCAGUAUAUGUAUGUGCCUUAGGAUUCACGCUGUUCAAGCUGUGCCUGUUACAGACCAUAAUAUAUGCACCAACCCUGCUAUGCAACCAAAGAAGCAGUUUAAACACAGAUCUUGCCCUGGGCUAGAGGGCAAAUGGGCCAGGUGUGCCUUUGAGCAGUUUCAGACCCAUUUCAGCAGUGUUAGCUCUGUAGAUGUCAGUCUCUUGCUAGCAUUGCUGUUAAUUUGUUAUAAUGGAAUGUGAAACAUGCCUGCACUGACACUCUAGUUGAAAACUAGUUUGUCAUUAUCUAUUUUUUUUGAAAGAUUCAAUGGUGAAAUGGUUUGCCGUUUUCUGUUUAAAUAAAUGUUGACACUCAUUUGCCUCAUGUGUUCUGAAUUUUUCUAAUAGACAUGAGAUAAUGUAUGCUUGCUUGUAGCUCAAGUACAGAUCCAUGAUUUCAGCAUCAACUCUGGACUUCUCAUCUUGCUUGAAUGGAACAAACUCUUUUUUCCCAUUACUGUACUUUGUUGUACACUUGCAGUCAUCAGAAAUGUUAGGAUGGAUGUCUUGUGCUUUCAGUUGACAGAGCUUGCCUCUAGUUUUUUUUACACCACCCCCCCCCCCCCCGCAGGCACAUCUUAAAAUCUCUACAACUUUGGCUCUACAGAAUUAGCUAUCACUCGUAUUUUUGUCAUGUAAAUUAUGUUAGCAAUUGUCAGCUUUAUUUGCCAUCAGUAACCAGUGCACUAAGAAGACAGGGAUAGCACACACUGGUUAGAAAUACGAUAAAUAACUUGCUGUUUGAGAGGUGGAUAUAUAUCUUUGAGUCUGGAACAACUAAUAGAGAUGAGGAUUCCGUGUUUUCUCAAGAGUACUGUAUCUUGGAAAAAGCAGAGGACCCAUAUCUCUGGGUUUUUAAAAAAAAUGUAGUAAGGAAAGCAGUUAUAGCAGAUAUUUGUUAUUGGAGAUGUGCCCUCCUAGAAUUUGCAGUGCUGUGAAGUGUUCCCAUAUGCUGACUGUCAUUCUUGGGGACAAUGGUAUGUUUAUUUAGAAAUGAUUAAAAAUUAUGCAGCCCAUCAGCAUAGAACUCUCUCACUGUUAAACCCACAUAGCAGGUUGAAGGGCUGUGCUGAGAGAGUUACUUACAGCAGCUCUGCAAUACAGUCCCCCUAUUAAUAUUGCACAUCAGAGGUGGUGCUGAUGUUGGCUUGGAUUCCCAGUCAAAAAACUCCAUACCUCACAUAUGGCAGCAAAAAUCAAUCUAUGUAAAUUGCCUCCUCAGACCUCUGGUGUCAAAUCAAGGCUCAAGUGUAUUCAGAAACUUUAUACACAACUGAUUUGUAUAUAGACUCAUUGCAUUUUUUUAAAUGUUCAAAAACAAUAUUUUUUGCAUAUGAAGUAAGACCCAAAUAAGAGUAGAGCCAUCUUUCUCUUCUGUGGUUUUGGCAUCUUUCUUAGCCAUACAUGCAUAAUAGAGUACACUGCAAGGGUUUUUGGGGGGGGGGGUCUGCUUGUUUUUAACUCCUUUGAAACAAUCUGAAUCUUUCCAAGUGCAUAUUUCUUGCUGUUCUGCAUACAGUGCAAACUAUUUUGUUGAAGAGAUAAUCUCUAAAUGGUUGUGACCCAAGGAAAAUGGGUUCUGGAUUUUUCUUUAAUUCCUCUUGAAGGGAUUUUAAAAUUUCCUUUGGCUGGUACAGGAGAACCACUGAAAACCAGCCUCUCUGCUUUGAUAACAUCACCAUUGAAAGCAUGCAAAAACCAAACAAGGGGAGCUGGCAAUAGCCAUGUGUGCACUGGAGAAAACCAGUCUGUCCUCAACAUUAUUUUUUUUACUUUGUUAGUAACAGAAAUGUGGAGUGUGUUUUGAUAAUUGUUUCAUAUUCCCAUUAUAGUAGCUCCUACAGUGGGGAUACUCUCCUGAAUUCCAUGUCCUACUUUUUUUACAAAGUUAAACACAUCAGUAUUCUUUGCUGCUCUUUUUUAUG